UUCUGACAGUGACUGUUGGCAGAGACAGUCCAGUCUGGAACCAAACUGUGAAACAGCAGGAAUCAAAAAGUUAAAGUUUUCACUACCAAGAAAUCAACAGCCACACAUCAUCCCAGAUCAACUGCCUGCAAGAGGACAAUAGCAAUGACCAGCCAUCGUUCAGUUGAACCAGAGUCCAACCUCAGAGUGGUGCUGGUGGGUCAGGAAAGAGUCGGGAAGAGCUCAGCAGGAAACACCAUCCUGAGAAAUAAGGAGUUUAACUCUGAAGACGGUCUCAAGCUGCUGACUCUGAGCAGUAAGAAGGCAGAAAAUGAAGUUUUGUCUCGUAGAGUCUCUGUGGUGGACACGCCCGGACUCUGCAGCUCUGUUCUUAAACCAGAAGAAGUGAAAGCUGAGAUCCAGAGAGCUGUGAAGCUCAGCUCUCCUGGUCCUCAUGUUUUUCUGCUCACCAUCAAGCUGGGAAGAUUCACUGAACAGGAGGAGAGAGGAUUGAAGAUGCUGCAGGAGAUUCUGGGUCCAGAGGUUUCCAAGAACAUCAUGAUUCUGUUCACCCACAGAGACCGACUGGAACAAACAGGCAUCGAUAUUCAUCAGUUUGUACAAAGAGAUGAAAACUUGCAGAAACUGGUUAAGAGCUGCAGUGGGAUGUAUCAUGUGUUCAACAACAAGAAGAUGGAAGACAGGAAGCAGGUCCAGGAUCUGCUGGACAAAAUAGAUUCACUCAACAAUGUUGAGGAUCCUGCUCAAGUUGGAGGACUGGUGCAGAAGAUCAACAGAAUGGUUAAGAGAAAUGGAGGAAGAUGUUACACUAAUGAAAUGUUCAGAGAGCCAGAAAGAGCCAAGCAAGAAGAAAUUAAACGACUGUUGAGAGAAAAUCCAGACAUGAAUCCUGAAGAUGCAAGAAGGCAGGCAGAGACAGACAACUUAUUUAUCCGUUCUGUCCUGGAGGCUACUGCUGCAGGAGGUGUUGUUGGAGGUGUUUGUGGAGCAGGUAUUGGAGCUAUUGCAGGAGCUAUCAGGGGACCGAUAGGAGCUGCCAUUGGAGCUGGUGUUGGAGCUGCUGUUGGAUUUCCUGUUGGAGCAGUGCUUGAAGCUUUAGUAGCAGUGAAAAGGAUGGGAGGAUGUGUUAUACAGUGAUGAUGUGUUUGAUACUUUGGCCACAGCUUAUUAAACCCUGAUUGUCAUGAAUAACAAAAUAUGUAUCAGUAAUAAAAUAUUUUAUCAUGUAAUUAAUUAUUUAAUAAAUAUUUCAGCAUCUGUGUCUGAGAUGAGGAAG